AAUAGCCACCUAGCAACAGCAACAACAACAACAACAACAACAACAAAAACAUCAACAGCUACUACAGCAUCACGAGCUAGAAAAUGCCAGGCGUUGUCUUUUUAAUCGUCGUGCCAACGGCAAAUUUUGAACGUGAACUUAUUUACGGCACUUCAAAUAAUGUGAUAACCGAAGUAGUUGCCGGCACCGGCGCUGUUGGUCAGUCGCAGCCCCGGAUGGGCAUUGGUGGCACCGGAGGUGGCAAUAAUAAUCUGAACAUCAAUCUUCCGGAAAAUAACAACGCAGUACUACGACUCGAAGUUGAAUUACGUGACAAGAAUGUGCCCAAGUAUCGACGGGGUGUGGGUGCUGGACGGGCAGGUGGCGGUGGUGCCGGCGCUGGCCCUGGACGUGGCGGGCCAGGUGGCGGCAGGCGAGGCGGCGGUGCUGGCGGCACAGCAGGUGCUGGAGGUGUUGGAGGUGUUGCCGGCACAACGGCCGUCUCACUGGACAAACGCAAUUUGGUAGUGCCGCUGGAGAAGGUACUUGAAGAGUUACUUGUCAAGCUUGAAAUCGAGCACGUUACUUGGACAACAAGUAAAAAAGGAUAUUUUCAUCACGUCGUUUUUCCACUGCAAGCCGGCGAGCCCUGUGAGACAACAUUACACUGUCUAACAGAGUUGGGCAUUGGUACUAAAUUGAAUUCCAGUGUCAGCGUGCUGCCUUGCAGCGUCAGUUAUGAUGCCAUCACAGAUGCCGCCAACAUGCGGGAUGACUACAGCGAGGAUGCCGAGGACGAGUCCAAGUGGAACAAUUUUGUGGAAUCAAUUAAAUCGAAACUGACCGUCAAGCAGGUGGUGGACGGCGUGCGGGCGGGCGGAUCGUUGUCCUUCGACUAUUUGCUGCUAAUUGUUACCGCCGACUCCCUGGCAGCGCUGGGUCUGGUCGAGAACAACUCUCCGAAUAUUGUGGCGGCCAUGUUGGUUUCGCCGCUUAUGGGCCCCGUCAUGUCGAUUACAUUUGGCGCAAUUAUUUCGGACAGAGAGCUAAUGCGCGUUGGCUUUAUAAGUCUGGCUCUGGGUAUGUUCAUCUCCUGUCUGUUUGGUUUCAUUUUCGGUCUAAUUUUGGGCACCACGGAAAUGCCUUGGGGUCAGAAUGCCGAUUGGCCCACGGAGGAGAUGCGAGGCAGGGGUAACGUACGCGCCUUAUGGAUGGGUGUGCUUUGGGCUCUCACAUCUGGCACUGGCGUUGCGGUGGCUUUGCUGCAAGGAUCGGCAGGCCCGCUGAUUGGCGUUGCCAUAUCGGCCUCGCUGUUGCCACCCGUUGUGAAUUGUGGUUUGUUUUGGUCGCUGGCCUGCAUUUGGCUCAUCUAUCCGGAGAAACGCAUUCCGCAUUUGAAGAACGAGGCGAUGAACUCGACCAGCUCAUACCCUUUCCUCUACACGGACUAUUUGCCAACCGAGUUCCUAAUCAAUGGCAUUGUAUCUGCCUGCCUCACUGUCGUAAAUGUGAUUUGCAUUUUCAUCACCGCCAUUAUAGUCUUGAAAAUCAAAGAAGUUUCGGCGCCAUACACAGCCAGUCCGGAUCUCAAGCGUUUCUGGGAGACGGAUCUACGCACCGCACGCAAAACAAAUCGCUCCACGAUUCGUCAGCGACGAGGCACGAUGCGGGGAGGGGGCGGCGGAGCUGGUGGCGUUGACAAGCUCAUCAUUGGUGGCUAUCAGGGCUUGGAGGAGCCACGCAAUGCCCAAAUGGACUCUGCGUUGGAACGUGCCUUGGCCCAGGCGGAAAACGAUGUUACAUUCAAGAAGGUUAAACGCAUGAGUUACUCAAGCAAUGCGGCUGGCGAGCUUACUGAACGUCUCGCCAGAAUAGCGGGUCUAAAGAAGAGGCAUGCGGAUGACGAUCCCUUGGGCACAGGCUCGAAUAGUUUGGCGGGCAGUCGCAUUAAUUCGAUCCCCAACGCCCAACUAAAUGUUGAUCUGAAGGCCCUGGACAAGCUUGUGAGCAGUCUGUUGGAACAGCAUCCGACUGGGACCGGUAGCAGUAGUACGGGCGGCAACAGCCACAUGGAGGCUGGCAGACGAACACCACCCAUGCAGCGUACCACGUCAAAGAAACUAAAUAGAUGGCGGCCCUUGUCGCGUUCCGCCCACAGUUUCAAGCGAGGCAAUAACAACGCUACAGUUACCGGCAGUUUUACGCAGCUACAGGAGCGGAGUGAGGGGCAGCAGCACGCUCCAAACAUGCCCACCAUUAUGGAGAGCAGUGCGGGCAUUUCUAUGGCACCAAACAACCAGCAACAACAACGUCACUCUCACAACAACAGCAGCAACACGUGGACAUCCUCAUUGGAACGCACACCUGGCGCUGUGAGGAACAUGUUGCACUCAAUUGGUCAGGCUGCGGCCCCCACAGGUGGCGCUGCUGUCGACGAGGACCAACUCAAUCUGACACAGAAUUAUGUGGGCUGACUACGUGUUAACAAAUUUAACGGCUUACAAGCACAAUUAUGGCUUAUAUGGUAGUUUAGUGCGUGCUCUAUUUAAAUGAAUAUAUAACAUGGCGUAUACGUAA